AGUGCACGCAAGAGUCUGUUUAAUUUCUACUUAAGCAAUGCGCGGGGUUCGGAAGUUACUGUCGUGGGCUGCAUUGAACGGAUGUGAGGAAGAAGAUUCUAAAUUCACCUCGGGUUCGAAAUUCACUUCCCCGGUGAAGAAUCCAUGGAACCUAGAAGUAGAAUCCGAUGAGGAGGAAUUCGUGGAUUCCUCUGGUCGGUUCGAAAACGAGGAGAAGGUUUCGGAGAAUUCUACCUCUAGUAAAAGCUCCAGUGACAGUGGCCAUGGACGAAGUGAUGCGUGCGGCAGGUGUUCUGGUGCUGACAGGAAGCGAUUGAUUGAAAAUUUCUUAAGUUCGGGAGAGGAGCGUGAAGAUCCUUUGAUGCACCACUUCUGGAAGUUUCUGUCCGAUAUUGAAGCUGCAGUGACUCCAGUAUCUCUUGGUCAUGAAACAGUACAAGGUUUUGAGAAGACAAGAUCAGAAUAUAGGCUGUCGUCUCCUGCAACUACACUGAAGCAAACACAGUUGGAAAAACUUGAGAAGCUUACCCCUUUAGAUAAAGACUGGAACUGUUUGUAUCCCAGUGUGGCAGAGGACCAAUUUUGCUGGCCCUGGAUUGACCUCACAGAACCGCAACUUGCAUUAGGAAAACUGGACUUCGAAAAAUUUAUGGUCACGCUGAGCUGUCUUGGAGAAUUGGACCUUCAACCUGAAAAGGUGCUCACACUAGAACAAAUCAAGAAGCUUGAGAGGUUGGAUUUAGAAGAUGUCGCAGGAUACGUUUCGCGGGAAGUUGCUAUUAGCAGAGGUGUUCGGGACGAAGAAGUUCCUCGUAUCAGCAAGGAGUGGCUGACGAAGGGACCUUUUUCAUUUGAAUGCAACGUUGAUAAACAUGGCGUCUGCAAGUUUAAGGUUGUCAAGCCAAGGCCAGCAAGCACAUUGCUGCAUCGCACAUUUGGUGAAGACAGAGUUAUGCCUGUUUACUUCAAUGAAUCUCCUACCGAAGACAAAUUUCAACUAGUUCGAGAUGGUAUCUUAGUCGGCCUGCGGCGGUACCGACUCUGGACUUUCAAGGAUUCUGGAAAAGAGGAGUUCAGUAAUAGAAGCAAGCCCUACGAUAAGGAUUAUCAAAGAGCUGUAAAGUGCAUCUUUAUCUGCACUGAAUCUCUUGCAGAUGUUGAUCUUGCUGAUUCAAAUUUCAAGUAUUUCAAAACAAUAGAGGCCGCGCGCUGCCACAUUGUGCACAUCCAUACAGUGCCCACUAUGUCCAAAUUUGCCUCCCGGUUGCAACUGGCUCUUUCCAAGUCUGUUACAGCCAACCUUAAUUGGGAUGAAAUCAAAGUUAGACAGAUCCCGGACAUACUUUCUACGACUUUAGACAACUCAGGAAAGUUCAUGUCCCACACUGAGGGCACAGCAGAAAUAUCACCUGAUGUUGCAAGGCUCAUACCAUGUUCUGUUUUCAAAGGGAAGGUUAACAAAUCAAUGGGUUAUCCCACCUUGAUACAAGGUCGCCUUUUCUGGAAAGGAAUGGCGAUUAAGGGUACGUGGCAAGUGAAUCAUCAGUUGAAGGGGCUGCAGAUCUUGUAUCGACCAUCAAUGGUGAAGGUCACAACCGAUGCUGCACUGAAAGAUUUUCCCACCAUUAACAGUUUUGAAAUUGUUAAUACCAACACCUGUUACAAGCUUAAGGAGGAGGCUAAGCUGUCCCAGGAUUUGAUCUUCUUGCUUUCUGUAAACAAUGUUCCAGCUUCGUUCUUCCUGGAACACGUGGAAAAAGCUCUUGAAAAUCUUCACAGCUUCUUUACCACACGGGGGCAAGUCUUUAGAGAAUUGAAAAGGUGUUCCCAAGAUUAUGAUGUUGGUGACCAAACACUUCGUAUGAUCAUGGCAAACAUCCCCAUGAACAACCCUCAGAUGCAAAAGAAUUUGAAGAAGAUAUCGCAGGAUAAGAUCGCACUUCUGAGAAAAGGUUGUGUACCUCUGCCUCAAAGCUGUUAUCUUAUGGGCACGUGUGAUCCAACCAAGGAGAGAGUUUUGAAGCCAAAUGAAGUUGCGGUCAUCAAGAAUGGCGACAAAGUACUUGGGAAGGUUCUUGUAUACAAGAAUCCUGGGAAGCAUUGGGGAGAUGUGCAUGUUUUUGAUGCAGUAUGGGAUGAACGUCUCAAUCCAUACGUGGGUCCUGCGAAUCAAACCAUUUUCUUUUCUGUCCGAGGUAAUCGCCCAGUUGUGGAUGAAAUUGCGAACAGUGACCUUGAUGGCGAUUUCUAUUGGGUUUGCUUCAACACACAGUUGAUCUCUCUUUUCACUCCAAGCCCACCUUGGACGAGAAUAGGGGAGAGGACAAGUUACCCGGUUGGGAAUGGUCCCAGCAGUCUUACACCCAGAGCCGCUGAAUACGCGCUGUUUGAAAAAUUCUUGAACAGUCGUUUUAAAACUUAUAAGCCAAUGCCACUAUCGGCUACAUAUUGGAUAGCACACAUGGAUCGGUACUUGACGCUCAAAUACGCGGAUGAAUAUUCAGAAGAGCUGGAACUGCUAUCAGAAACAAUUCUAGAGUUGAUAGAUAUCUUCUACAGAGCCCUAGAUGCUGAUAAGACUGGUGAAGAGGUCAAGCUACGUAGGGGGUUGGAACCGAAGUGCUAUCCGCACUUCAUGAGGAAGCAGAAUCAGACCAGUCGGAGGACCUAUUAUACUUCCACAAGCAUACUCGGCCAAAUUUACGACAUGGUUGAUAAAAACGCUGAUAGACUAGGUUAUAGACCUGAAGAAACUAUUGCAUACGAUCCCAAAUUCGAGUUCGGCAGGUUCGAUAGAUACAUCGAAAAUUGGCGAGGACUUCUACAGCAAUAUAACAAAGAUACGCAGGCUGCAUUUAAGAAUAAUGAGCUAGAUCGGGUGAUAGCUCGUUAUCAGGAGAUUCUGAAAGGGCAAAACAAAUCGAUUAUCCAAGUAUUGGAGGAAGCGUCUGCCCUGUAUAUUGUGAACCAUGAGCAUGCCGAAAUGACUUUGCGAAAAGGUUACACUCCUACACUAAAUUGUGCAUGGAAUGUAGCAUUAGAGUAUCUGUGUGAAAUCUAUGCAAGCCAGGAGGAACGGAAGCCAUAUAUCUUAUCAGCUUCUGCAAGGGAGGACAUUUUUGGUCCCAGUAAUUCUGAAUCAUAAAAUUGCUCAAGAAUGCUGUAAAUAGUUAUGCAGUCGUAGGUUGUCAAGAGUUGCAGAUGAUCAAAUGAAUUGAAACCGUCCGAAUAUUUUCUCGGAGUUUCGUGUUCCAUGACGAGUAUGUUGUGGGUAAAUAUUCGGCCAAUGUGCGUUUUUGGAUGCUGUCCCCCAAGUUUUAGUAUCAAAAUGAACAUUCCUUUGUGAUGUAGAUUAUGAAUCCUGAUUCUGAAGAUGGCAUACUCCUGGCAUUACAAUGCUGAUUACGCAAUAUACCAGUUACCUAAGAAUUA